AUGUCUUCUUCAAGCAAAGCUGACAAACCGGCGGCCAAAAAGAAUAUUCAACCUGUAAUAAAGCCAAAUAUUGAUGAAUAUAUAAAAUGCCCAUAUGACGCGAGUCAUAGCUUAGUACCAGACCGCUUCGCCUGGCACCUAACUCGCUGUGCCCGCAAUCAUUACACCAGCGGCACUCUGUGCUGUCCGUUCAAUUACACCCAUAUCAUGAAGCCCAACUCAUUGAAUAAUCAUUUUAACUGUCCGAAUCGUAACGACCUCGAACGCUAUGUGUGUCCCGAUGCAUUGCUGCCGAAUGAGCCGCGUCCGUCUAAAGUCGACUUGGUGGAGUGCUCCGAGAACUGGGAUGAUGAGCCACCGACACCUACUUACAAUCCAAGGGAGUAUUCAGAGAACAAUCUUAUUAUACGCCAAUUAGUUGGCGGAACAGCCUCUGAGCGGCGUCGUUUUCGCGAUAUGGAGCGCGUACGUUUUCGACGACUAAUUCAAAACAGACGAUAA